AGGCCUAUCCAACGGCUGCAGGAGGAAUGAAGUCUGUUGUUGUUCUUCCUUCCUUCCUUCUUUCUUCUUCUUCUUGUCUCUCUAUAUACAGUACGUCUGUAAGUGUUUAUCCUACAAGGGAGGAUGAGGACCAAACGUCCAUGGGACAUGCUGACUUGUACCGAAAGAGGUUAACAUUUUUAUUCGAAAUCAUGGAAGGUUCAUCAAAUGUGCCCAACUUUGGAAAAAAACUAAUUUGUCAUGACUUCAUUUUUGGACGCUGCACUGGAGGAGGUACUGUCACUGCUUGCUUAACAGUAUAGCUUCCUUUCUCACGGUCCAUGAUCUCAGAUCCUCUGUCUUGCAAACACAAGAGAUAGCCGUCUUGACAUGUUGCGCACUGAAAAGUUAGGCAUUCAGUGGUGUGGCUGGAGGCAUUUCAAGCUGAAGAGUGAGGUUGUCAGUCCAACUCACUUACAAUAGCACUGGGAUAUUAUCAGUGGAAAAGUACCAUUCACACUGUAAAUUAUUCUUUACUGUAUUUUGAAUAACACAAUGUUCUAAUUUCCCACACUUAAUCAGCAAGAUCUAUUGAACUGAUAUUGAUUUCUAUUUAAGCUAAGUGCAAGGGCAUUCAUUCUACUAUGCCAUACCAAUGGGAGGUGGAGAAUGGACGUGGCUGGUCACGUAUCCCAGACAAUGAGGGCGUUGAAAGGGACUACUGUGACCCAGCAAAGACCCAGAGGUAUGUAUGUCCAUAAUGUGUUGUUAGGAUGCUGUGAGACAAUGGGGAUGUGUAAAAAUGAAGUACAAGCUUUGAAGAUGUUCCUAUGUCCUACAGUAGCGGGAUACCACCGGUUAACUUUAUCACCAUGACCCGUGGGCACCGCAAAGUUCACCGCCUUGCUACGGUUUCCUCCCUGGACCAGCCAGAUGCUGUCCUUGCUACCAAGUGGACCUGGUACUGGGAGGAAAAGCAUGAUGGCUGGACUCCAUAUUUGUCACCAGUAUGUAGUGAGGCAACCUAAUUUCUCCCGCUAAUAUGGCAAAAAGAAAAUAAGUGACUCUAGUGUGUGUGUGUGUGUGUGUGUGUGUGUGUGUGUGUGCGUGCGUGCGUGCGUGCGUGCGUGCGUGUGUCCUAAGACUGUGGAGGACCUAGAGAUGGUGUUCAAGGAUCCAUCUCAUGGCUCAGUGAUUGAGUUUAAUGCUGGAAGAUUCACCUAUGAAGUCAAUUUGGAAGUCAUGAUCCAGAUAAAUACAAGCUCACACACCCAAAGACUGGUAAGAAGACGGCCAAUGUUCAAAUCAUCCAUAGAUGUUCAGAGAGCUACUUGCACGUCUAAUACCACCACUUCUUCUGUGCCACCUUUCUGGGACCAGUCUCGGUUGCCUGGGAUUGGCUUUGAGAGAGUUAUGUUGCCAAACUCAGCAACGGAAUACAAAGACAUCAAGGCCCUUUUUGAGAAAACAACAGUGGGGUUCAACAUCCACACCAUUGAGAGAGUGCAAAACCCUAUCCUAUGGAAGUUCUACGUGCUGCAAAGAGAUCAGAUGGAAUCCUUACGGACAAGCAUCAAUGAGAAGCAGCUUUUCCAUGGAACUAACUCCAAACAUGUUGACAGCAUUUGCAGAAACAACUUUGACUGGAGGCUAUGUGGAACAAAUGGAACUUCAUUUGGAAAAGGAAGUUACUUUGCCAGGGAUGCUAAGUACUCACACAGAUUCACCAGCCAGUCAGGAUUGAGGUCCAUGUUUGUUUGUCGUGUGCUGAUGGGAGACUACACUGAGGGAAACUCCAGCUACGUGAGACCACCUCCUAAAGAAACCGGAGGAUCCAUCUUUUAUGACAGCUGUGUGGACAACAUCCAAGACCCCAAAGUGUUUGUCGUUUUUGAAAAAUAUCAGGUUUAGCCUGAAUACCUCAUAGAGUACAUUGAUAAUGCUUUUCCACCAAACCCUACUCCCCAGCCAAAUCCUGUUGUGCAACCAAACAGAACUCCCCAGACAAAUCCCGUUGUCCAACCAAACUCUACUCACCAGCCAAAUCCCAUUGUCCAACCAAAUCCUACUCCCCAGCAAAAUCCCAAUGCCUCAGAUUCAGAUGACCCUGAAUUUAAUGGAUGUUGUUUGUGUUUAGCCUGGACUUUUUGUUGCCCAUGUGCCAUCAUGUGCCAUCUACUUUUAUUUUUGUCACGAUGAUGAUUGACCAUGCCUUGGUGUAUACAGGUGCCCUCUAGCGAGGCAGUUAAGCCCAAUUCCUCCAGUGAUGCUGAUUUGGCUGACUCUGGCUCUGACCCCAUCUACUGAACAAUUCAUAAAAUCGCCACCGGACAAUUUACAUUGCCCCCCCCCCGUACACUGCUGCUACUCG